UACUCAAAUUAACAGCUAUAGUUGUUUUCAUAUAUUAAUAUGUAUAAUUCUUUCACACAAAAAUAAAUAACUCAGAAUCAUCAUGGGUGAUAACAAUAGUGUUAAUGUUUGUGUAAAAUCACCAAAUGAUGAGUUUGGUGAAGGUGAAUCAUCAUCACCUGGUCCUGGCCAGUACUGGGAAUUAUUCCAUAAGAUGACGCCUUUUUUGCUAAUGGUAGGGUUGCAGUUCGGUGGCGCUGGAAUGUAUAUUACAACCAUGGCUACUCUCAGCCAUGGCAUGAAUCGCUACGUACUUAUCGUCUAUCGAAAUGCUAUUGCUGCUCUCGUUCUUGCUCCUUUCGCACUCAUUUUCGAAAGGAAAAUAAGACCAAAGAUGACACUCCCUGUCUUCCUUCAGAUAAUGCUCCUUGGAUUCUUAGAGCCAAUUAUUGAUCAAGGAUUCGGUUACCUUGGAAUGAACUACACAUCGGCAUCAUAUACAUCUGCUAUAAUGAACGCUGUGCCUUCCGUCACAUUUGUCAUCGCAGUUGUUUUCAGGAUAGAGAGAAUAAAGAUUAAGGAGAUAAGAAGUCAAGCAAAGGUGAUAGGAACCGUAGUGAGCUUCUCAGGGGCUUUGCUAAUGACACUGUAUAAAGGUCCUGUGAUUGACCUCUUCUGGACAAGGACCACAGACCACCAUUCAACUAUCACCCUCUCCGAUAAAAACUGGGUCCUCGGCACUAUUUUUAUUCUCAUUGGCUGUGUUGCCUGGUCCUGUUUCUACGUUUUACAAUCAAUUACGGUGAAGAAGUACCCGGCAGAGCUGUCUUUGUCGUCAUUGAUAUGCUUGUCUGGUGCGUUGCAAAGCACAGCACUAGCCUUAGUCGUGGAACGCCACCCCAGUGCUUGGGCCGUGGGUUGGGACUCCAGGCUUCUAGCUCCUGUCUAUACGGGAGUCGUUAGCUCUGGAAUUACAUACUACGUGCAAGGCCUAGUGAUGAAAACUAGAGGCCCAGUAUUCGUGACAGCAUUUAAUCCUCUCUGCAUGGUCAUCGUUGCCAUCCUUGCAUCCAUCAUUCUUGCUGAGAAAAUUCAUCUUGGAAGUGUGAUUGGAGGAAUUAUAAUAACAAUAGGGCUAUAUUCAGUGGUGUGGGGCAAAAACAAAGAUUAUUCCAAGUCGCAGGAGGAUCCGGAGGUACUGAUAUCACCAUCGUCGUCAGUAGUAGUAGUACAACAACAAGUAGUAGCUGAACAGAAGCUACCACUAAGUAUUUCAACGUCCAAUAUUGGGACAACAGUUGCCACUGCCGUAGAUAAAAGCGACCAACAAACUACUCAUUAAGAACCAAUCCAGAAUAUGUUCCAACAAUAUUAGUGCUCUUCAUCACAUUAUAAAGUCUUUAUAAUUAUUAAGUGCUACCUUCGUCAUUCUAUAUUAUUAUUAUUAUUAUUAUUAUUAUUAUUAUUAUUAUUAUUAUUAUAUUUUCAUCCCAGCCCACCCUCUCUUAAAUAUAUAUAUAUAGAGGUUGAUUUUAUGGAGCACCUCACGAAAAUAGAGGUGUACCGGUGCAACUUUUUGGUUUUCUAGUUUGCGAGUAAGUUUUGGUGCAAUUUUUUGUAUGGUUGUGUACAUUGAAAUUAUUUUGAGCAUUUUGUAAAAAAAAUUAAUUUUUUUUACUAAUGUAUAGUACUGAAAACAAGGUUUAAAACAUGUUGUUUUCCACGCGCAUAAAAAAAAUAGUCACGUGUGUAACAACAUUAUUUUAACCUUAUUUUCAAUACUGUAAAUUAUUUAGAAUUUUCUAAAAAAUAUAUAAAAUGUUCUAAAUAACUACAAUGUACACAAUCAUAAAAACAAAAUAUACCGAAAUCUACUCCUACAAACACGAUAAAUUGCACUAGUGCGCCUGUUUUUCUAAUGUACUCCUAAAAAUUUUCAUAUAUAUAUAUAUAUAUAUAUAUAUACUCUUUGUUGAGGGUACUACCACUUUAAUUUUGAUGCACUAAUAUAUGUACGUAUAUUUAUAUAUAAAUAUAAUAAAUAACUUUUUCUAUCUA